GGCCAGAAUCCCAGUCUUCCCACUUCCCCGCUUCCCCCAAUCGGCCAAUACCUCCCCCCUUUUGGCCUUUCCGGCUUUCCCGACCCACCGGUGGCCCACGCCCACGCCAGGAACGUCUUCCUCCAUCCACGCCGCCCACGCGGACCACGCACUCGGCACUCGCGCAGUGCGGCCGGCCCACCGCCCACGCCGCCAGUCCGCCACGCGGCCAGCUGGCCACGCCAGGAAUUCCACCGCCCGGUCCGCCCGUGAGUCACGCAGUGCGGCCACUCGGCCAGUGCCGAUUGCCGAAGCCCGAAGGCCGAAGGCUGAUGGCAUAACCUUCGGAUGAUUGAGUCCUUACUGGGUCGAGUGAAAUCUGACUCCUGCUGGCAACCGAUGUUAGUCUUUCCCGUAUUUUGGGAAAUCACCCCAAAAUUAACGCACUUUGAACAUAAUUGUAGAUCCACCCCUGCAUGUUCACGACUUCACGCGCGUGGAUUUACGAUGUUUUUACUUGGACUGUAAUUUGUUGGUCUAGUCUGGUCUGAACUGAUCUGGUCCGGUUUGAACUAGUUUGGUCUGGUCUAGUAAUGGCUGGUCUCUUUAUAUUUUUAUAACUAUCCAUGUUUGGUCUUGUCUUAUCUGAACUGAUCUGAUCUGGUCUUGUCUGGUCUGAUUUGAGAGUGAAAACAAUCCAAGUAAAAACAUCCUUAUAUGCGGAUUUGAUCAUUUAAUUCACAUAACCACAUUUUACCACGCCUCACUAAGACAAACAGAUAUUUACUGAUCACGAUGGCAAUCGUUCCAACAUAGUAACUGGUGCCUUGGCGUUGUGGGCGGAUAUACAACAUAAUAUAUACUUUCUUGAUUAUGAUCGACAUAUGUCCGUCGAAGCAACUAAGAGGUUCCGAAAAUGGUACCAGAAGCAUGGUAUGACACGUGUGCAUAACCCUUCUCACAAUGUGCCCAUGACAGGCUACAUCCCGACAUCACACGAUUGGGGUAUUGUGAAGCAAGGCUUUAACGAGGUGUAUCAGCUCUUAGCCGACCGCGCGAGUCAUGAAGACUGUCAAAAAUGACUACAGCGGAUGGCCCUGGACGUAGGUGAUGAAGAGAUGCUCCGUCGGAGCAUAUUCCAUUAUGAAGAUGAAGAUGAAGGUGGAAGUGACGAAGAGGAUGAUGCAGAUGAACAUGAAGGUGGGGGUGAGCACUCACAAUCACCUCCUCAAUUCUCAACACGUCAGGGUGUCUCAUUUGAUCACCCACCCCCUCAAUUCUCAACGCAUCAAGGUGUCUCAUUUGAUCAACCACCGCUGUAUUAUGAUCCUCAUCAGUACUCAACACAAGCGGGUGAUUAUGUUGAUUCAUUUCUGGAUUCGUCAUUUUACUAUGGAGACACAACGGGGCCUUGGAACACUCGCGGUGGGGACGGAGCAGGGUCGAGCACGCAACGUUAAAUGUAGUAUUAAAUUUAAUAUUAUAUGUACUGUCUAUUCAUUAAUAAAUUACAUUGAAAACUACAUUUAUUUUGUUCACUUCCAUUAAAGUUACAAAAAUUGCACUUAAAAC